ACCGGUCUGACCCUGAACGCAGCGCAGAGCUCACCUGGACUCCCCUGGACUCUCCUGGUCUCCCCUGAGCCGACGAGGAGACCGGCCAUGGUUUGACCUGGUGCAGGUCUGAGCUGAGGACGCUACUGAGCAUGUGCAGAGGUGGUGGAGGAUUAGCGGGCUAUUUAGCGUCCGGGACUCUGAGCGUCUUCAGUCAUGCAGCAGAUUUACAGACACAGACACCAACACCUGGAGGUCUACACCACCGUCCUCUCCCCACAAGUUUGCAGAUCGAGGACGAGGACGAGACCCGUCAGAGACCAGAAGGUGGUGGUGGCUGUGACCCAGCACCGGUCUCGGUGGCCCAGGGAGCUGGACCUGGAGCAGGGGGACCAGGUCCAGGUCCUGUUCGAGGAGGACGAGGUGUGGUGGUUUGGACGCGUGUCCUCCGGAGCCCAGGGCUUCUUCCCUGCAGCCUGCGUGGAGCCCCUACAGGGCGGAGCCUCCUCCAGAGCCACGCCCACUUCCCAGAGGAGGGGGUCGGUCCCCGCUGAUGUGACCACAUCCAGCGCCCCCUGUGGCUGCACCAGUGGCCACAGUCCCAAGCUCCUGAGGAAACACAGCAUCCAGAGACCACUGGGACUCAGCGGACCCCCGUCCUCAGAGGGCUCCGGGGGGUCUGGGGGGUCCGGGGGGUCCGGGGCUCCUCACGGCUCCCCCAGCCUCCUCCACCGAGUCCUGACCAAGUCCAGGAGGAAGAGCUGCCCUCAUCUUCCUCACCGUCCGCCCGACACUGGCUCAGUCAACACAGCCUUCCAGCCCGACUAGACCAGAACCAACCUGGGACACCAUGUCCUCCAGGGUCCAGCCUGUCUCUGUAGUGUGUUGGUGGUGACCUAGUCCCCUGUCCCCCGUCUCUCAGGGAACGUCCAUGAGUGACUCAGUGAAACCGUCUCAGUCCUUCAGUGACUUUUAUUAAAUCAUCGCUCAUCACUUUCAGUUUCUGUGUUUGACCAAAGAAUGAAAGAAUAAAUCAAACAUUCAUCCA